GCAUGAAUCAUAAAGCAGCAGGAUGUGUGUGUGUAUGAGUGUGUCACUUACGCAUGUGAAAUUUGCUAGUGUUGGCCCGUCUUGCCACCAAUAGACCGAACAGACAUGGCAGCGCAGACAGAUGUCCCUUUUUGCCUUAAAGAGAGCAUAACCCAAUAUCUGAAGCCACAAAGGGUUAAGUUCAUGGGUUUGGUGCAUCUAAACCUGUGCAAGGGACGAGCAGAGAGCAGAGUUUUGGUCAUGUCUCAAUGGAGGGCAUAUUUAUUACACAGCAAUCAUCCAGUAAAGGUGGAAAGCUCCUUCAGUUAUCUAGAGAUUUAUGCCAUCAUCAUUGAGAGUAUCGAGCAGGUGGUUAUUGAGACAGACAGGCAGAUCUACUCGCUUAGCUUGAUGUCUGUACGAGACCUGGAAGCCAUGGUCUCUCAAGUCACCGCUUCGCUUAAAAAAAUCUUCCCUGAUUCAUCUCCAGGGAAGUUACUGAAGAAAAUCCCCCCUGACUUACAAGACCGUCUGAGUAAUCUUACUUCCAGAGUAGAGGAACACUUAAAUGGAACAGUUGGGCCAUGUGGAGGUUUCUCAGACACGUACGCUUCAUUGUGUGACUUCAAUGAGUUUCCAUGUUGUGAGGAAGUACAGUGGGAUGUUGAUAAUAUUUACCAUGCCCAAAACUGUCGGGUAUUUAACAUAAUUGACUUCAGCCAUUUAGACAACAGAGACUUAGCUUUAGCCGUAGGUGCCCUGUCCUUCAGCCAUUGGUUCACCAAGAUAUACAGCAAGGAUUUUAAACUGACACCUGAUGUGCAGGAGCAGGUCCUGUACAUGGUCACCAGAUCUCCUGCUCUGGAAGAAGUCAGUCUGGAAGCCAGUGGCCUCAAAAUGGAAUUCGCUGUUAAGAUGGCCUGCGCUCUUCAGGACAAUUCUGCUUCUGCUGUCCAUAUCAUCAACUUGUCUGUCAAUGCCAUAGAGGACAAAGGUGUGAUUGCUCUCAGUCAGUGCUUGAGUAAAUUGCCCAGUGGCCUCAGUCAGCUGUACCUCUCAAAGGUCUCUCUUUCUCCGAAAGGUUUGGGUUCUCUGGUUCAGGUUUUCCAGCAGAGUUCAUCCCUCGCUAACACUUUGACCCACCUGGACCUGAGUGGAAACACUGGUUGCCUGGGAACAGGAGAGGCUGGGAGUCUUUUUACGUUCCUGUCUGCUCCUAAUGCAGUUCUACAUCUGAAUCUCAGCUCCACAGACUGUCCACUUGAUACACUGUUUGUGUCGCUCUCUUUGGGCUGCUGCACUACUCUGAGAUACCUCAACAUCUCCAGGAACACGUUUUCCCACAGGAAAGUGCGAGAGGUCACACGAAGCGUGAGGGAUUUCUUUAGCAAAAGCACUGUGUUGAAAUACGUAGGAUUGGCUGGAAAUAAACUACCUCCUGAUGCUCUGAGAUUGUUACUACAGGGCCUGGCAACCAACACUCAUUUAUCUGAGCUGGAGCUUGACGUCAGCUGUUGUGAGCUGAGGUCAGCUGGAGCUCAGGUGAUUCAGGAACACAUCUUUGAAGCCAGGGCCAUCUCCGGUCUGGAUCUGUCUGACAACGGCUUUGAAAGCAAUAUGGUUACUUUAAUUCUCUCCAUUGGUCGCAGUCAAAGUAUUCGACACCUGUCAAUUGGACGUAACUUUGCCAUGAAGUCAAGAGCUCUUACCGACGUAUUACACCGCCUCGUACAACUAAUCCAAGAAGAGGAGUGUCCAUUGGAGUCUCUCUCUGUAUGUGACUCCAAAUUGAAAACUGGAACCACCAUCCUCAUCAACAGCCUGGGUAGUAAUGUCAGCCUUACCAAGAUUGACAUCAGUGGAAACAGUAUAGGUGAUACGGGUGCAAAGAUGCUAUCAAAAGCCCUCAUGAUCAACACCAAGCUAAAAACACUCAUUUGGGACAGAAACAAUGUUACUGCAGGAGGGUUCGUGGAUGUAGCCAAUGCCAUGGAAAAGAACACAACACUACAAAACAUGCCGAUUCCACUGAGUGAUGUUUUACAAGCCUAUCGUAACAACCCUGAGAAAACAGAAGAGGCUCUGCAGAAGAUUCAAGCUUGUUUAAGCAGGAACAAUCAGAGACAGUGUAAGAUGGGUGAGGAAAUGUGUAAUCUGCAGCAUGGACUCAAGACCACACGCUCUGAACAGUUAGUACAGGAUCUCUGUAAGAAACUACAGGACAGUGUACAUCCUCUAACCUGCUACAAUAUACAAGAGGUGCAGUCGGACAUCCUGCUCGCGGAGGAAGCUCUCCAGCAUGCAAAGACAGCCAUCAAUUCUUUUGUAGGGCUUUAUGAGCUGGGAAAAGCGCCCUCUAGUGAUGACAUGCUGAAACACAUCCUCAAUGACACAGCUAAAGCCCUCAAGAGUGAGAUCACUGAGGAAAUACAGGAACUGGCAACGGCAGUGCUGCAGUCUGCGCAGUUGACCUGCCCCAGAGUCGUCCAGAGGUCAAGUGUCAGCGAGCAGCUGGCAGAUCGCGUGGCCAAGAAGACACGACAUGCAGGACACUUUAUUCAAAACACAAUGAAAGAGGCAGAAAACAGCAUCAGAAACAAACUCAGUGAACUGAAACUGUCUGUCAGCGUCUCUCUGGUGGAAAGUAUAAUUGAUGAAGUUCUUCAGGACUUGGCGGUGGCUCAGGAAAAACUGGACAAGCACAUGAGGGAGUUUUCUCAAUCCACUAAUAUGAAGGCCAACAUUCCUCAGCUCAGAGUGAUGGAGCAUGAAUUCCCUACUGAUGAUUAUGUUCCAGUCGUCUGCAGGAGCAGCUUCCACUCCCGUAGCAUCCGUCCCGCCCCGUCUAUCAAAAGUCUGUUAGAUGUGGAAGGGGAACAGCAGGCGCGUGCGGCCACACAUCCCCAGCAGGAGCUAGAAGAGAGAGGAGGAGGGGGAGGGCUUCGGGUCUCCAGGGUAGGAGCGGAGGAGAGGAGGCGGGCCCUGUCGUUGUCGUUGACGACGAGGCCGUCGAUCACAGCAGCAGGCCAUCUGAAGCCAGUAAGCCCCGCCUACUCUUGGAGAGAGGCGGAUGCUGUUGCCGCUCCCGCUGCUGCUUCAGCUGCUCUUAGCAACAGAGAGCCCCGGCGCUCGGAGCCUGCACUUCCUCAGCCCCCUAUGGACCUGCCCAUCGAAGGCCAAACAUUGAGGCACUACACGCGCUCCAGGCCCAGACCCAACCGCAGGAACAAACAGCCUCCCAGCAAGCCGCAGGAGCAGGCUGCUGAGAGCGAGAAUGAGGCCAAUGAGAAUAUGGGGAGGGUUGAUGAAGGUGUAGAAGAGUUCUUCACCAAAAAGAUCAUCCCUGAUGACCCCCUAAAGCACCAGAGGGAAGAGCCCCUCAUUAAAGCACAACCUGCAGAGCCCACGUGUGUCACAACAACCGCCCCUCCCACCACCUCCUCCACCACGACCCCCAUCCCCACCACAGCUCCCUCCAAGAACAUUAAGAAGAAGUUUGGUGACUUUUUCGCCUUUAAGAAAGUCCGCGCGGGCCGAGGGGCCAAGGGCGAGGGCGGUCCCGAGGGCAAAGUCAAAAAGACUUCAAUAGCAGAUCUCAUCCGACCGCUCCGGGAGGCGGCGCGUGCCGAGAAAGAGCGAGAAAAGGAGAGGGAAAGAGAAAAAGAGAGGGAACGGGAGAAAGAGAAAGAAAAGGAGAAAGAGAAAUCAGAAGAGGAAAUAGUUGUCAAGGCAGCCACAACCACUGCCGCUCCCACCAUUCUCACCAUCACAGAUUCAACAACAGUUAAUGAGGACAAAAUGUCACCUAGGGCUCCUUCACCUGUUCUGUCCCCACCUGCAUCCACUCCCACACCCCCUGCGUCCUCCCCAGGCAAAACUGAAGAGGUCCCGGUACUGCCCCUUGCUGCACCCUCUACCCCCACCAAAACCCCCAGUCCGCUCCCAGCAGUGUCACCCUCAGAGCGAGAGAAAAGCAGGACCCUGGAGAAAAGCCGCACCCCAGAUGGAGAGCGAAGGCCCAAACCUAUCCGUCGCUCACUUAGAGAAGGAAAAUCACAGUCUCUUAUUCUGCUCUCGGACGUCUUGCCAGAGCAAGACAGCACAGCAGCACACGCUAAGAAACAUGCAUCAGAGAGCUUUGAACAGAGACUUCAUGUCAUGCUUCACCGCAUGGGAGUCACCAAAACAUCUCCUACCGACUCCAAAAUGAACCAGAGUAAGGAUGAAGAGCUGAGGAAAGCCAACUCUGAGGGUGCGAUACUCGACAAACCCGAGCCACCGCCCACUUUUAUGAAACCUCGCACAAUGUCCACCUCAUCAGACACCAGGCGACCAACCCGUACGACCCAUAGUGUACUGGAGUUUCACCGCACAGAAAGACCCCUCAUCCCAGAGCGUCCUAUAGGCCUGUUGCCUCCUAAACCACCCAUUAAGCCCACCCUACUUCCUGCUAGCGAGACAGCCCGUACAGCCACGCCCACUCCCAAGCUACCCAGUCCCUCUCAGGAUGGCCAUACAGAGGUUCCAGAGACCACUUCGCUCUACCAGCCCCAGCAGAAGGAAGCCCCAUUUUCCCGCAAAGAGACGCCGCCGGCUCCCUCACCGCGGAGGAUUCUCAGCACGGAUAUCAGGGAGCGUGCAGAGAGAGCACAAUCUGUCACUGAAGAGACCCUCCCUAUACCCAGGCCUCGCGUGAAGCCCACUCCCCAGCGCCGUGCCGUGUCUGUCCAUGAAGAUUCACUCCUCCAGCACGCACCCAUGCUUGACCCGGAGGAGCUAAAUGCUGCAUUGACAAGGCGGCAGAGGUCACCCGGGCCGAAACGUGUAACCCUGGGGGAACUGACGCCCUGCUCAGAGGAUUUACCCGAGGGAGAGGAAGCGAAAUCUGGCGAGAGAGAAGAGAGCACUGGACCGAUCAAUGAGACAGACAGCACAACAUUUACAGACCAAUCAGAGCAGAGCCCAACCGGGCCCAGCGAUCAAGUGACCAACCAGGAGAAGGGGGAGACAGUCACAGAGCAGCACAUAACACAGGGAGAAACAUCAGACCAAAGAACUGAAUCCCCCUCACCUGAGACACAUAUGGACUGACCAUGCGCAAAUCUAUUUUUCAAUUAUGUGUACCUUUGCCUUGCACGUCAGAUUAUGUACAAAAGAAUGGAUUAUGAACAAAUGCGUUUUAAAAAAAGAGUAAAACCAUAGCUAUACUUGUUAAUAAUUAUUAAAAAGUGAAAUCUGUUGUGUCAUUAAAA